CAAUCUCCAAGGAGCAAGAAGACGAAGUUGAGAGGGUGCGAUCACUACUGUCAGAGACCGAGCGUGAGUGUAAAAACCUAGUCACUCAGAAGAAUCUGCUCGAGUCUGGCCUUUUGCAAGGAAUGGCAGGUAUCAUAAAGGGAAGCACGAAGGUGGCUGUGGAUCUGGAUGAUGCUGAGAUGCAGAGACGGCUUAGGGAGUCUCGGGCGCAAAAGGCUGAGAAGGGGGGUGCUAGGCAAGCGACUGGUAAGCGUCCUAGAGAAUGAAGGUUUGGUUGCUGAUGUUCUAGGAAAGAAGAGAGCGCUAGAGGAAGCUCAUCGGAGUGUGAUGGGAACAGGGCCGAGGCUUCCUCCCUUUGACCUACAGGCGCAGCCGAAGCUUCCCUUCGGUAUAGAGGACGUUUAUGCCAAGGGGGUGGAGAAGGUGGACUUCUCCAUGCUGCGUCAACAGAAGAACGAGGUGAACUUUGCCAUGCAUCGGCAGGAGGUUCCCUUGGUGAACGUCUUCCUGGAAGGCGUGAAGAGUGACCCCGAGGUUCUUGCAAGGACACCGACCUUUUCCUAUGUAGAUCGGGCCCAGAAGACGUUCCUUACCCGUGCCUAUGCCUAUGGCGAGAUGUAUGGGAAUAUGGCCAAGGCAGAUAAGGAGAUCCAGAGAUUAAAGAGGUGCAAUGAGAUGGCUAAGGACAAAAUAGCGGAGGCGCAGGAGGCCAUCCAAGAGAAGAACGCCCUGCUGUUGCAGAAGGUGGCGCUGGCCAGGGAGGUGGAGGAGCUGAAGCAGUCGAAGGUCGAGGAGGUAGCUAUUGUUUGUGCAAAUAAUCUCAUAAUGUCUGGAUUAAUGAUAUUAUCUUCUCUUUAUGAUGAUAAUAUCGUAAUUAAUGAUCGGAUUCUCAAUUGGUGUAGGCUUCUGACUGUUGUUGGAGUUGGAUUCCCAGUAGGAAUGAGCUUGUGA